CGUCACGUUUAGUGAUCUGUCUGCUGUCACAUUCUGUACAAUGUUUUCUAUCUUUAACUUAGAAGGAAGCGCUGUUUGAACAGUGAGUCAUCAACCAAUCAGAAUAAAGAGAAUUUCUUCUAGCCUCCUCAAUAUCACAAUGUAUGUCUUGAAUUGCACGAUGUUAAAGAGGGAAAUAUUCUCUUCAACACUAGCGACACCUUUAGAUUGACAGUCCAUGUUGUCAAUGUACAUAUGUACAUUAUGUCUUUUACUUAGGCAGGGCGACGAUGUAGAGGUUAGGUAUACAAAGUGUUGAUGUAAACAGAUCGGCAAGUUUGCAAUAUGAUUAUAUAGUUCUGCGAUCACGUUUUGCCUCAUAACUUUUAAUGCAUUUAAUUUUACACUCCAAUGGCAGUUGUGCACCGUGUAUUAUUUACAUGGUUCUAUCUUCUAGUCUUUCUGGCCCUACUUAAUAUGAAACUUGAACAGAAAAUACAAUGGAACUGGUUCAUAGUUUUUAUCCCAAUGUGGUUUUAUGAUCUCGUUCUUCUUGGUAACGGAGUUUUCUUUAUAAUUUCCCAUUGCAAGAAUGGACGUGUUCGUGAUGUAUACCGCGAAGUAUGGUAUACAGCAGCUGUGUUUUUGAAAUUAAGCGUUGAGAUUUUGAUAUGUGUGAAAUUGGAAGUAUCUCAGUGGUUCCUACCGGCGAAAGUUGUCUUGGCACCAUUCUGGAUUCUGCUUUCAGCAUUGGCAGUUUAUGUGUUCGUACAGCUGAUAAAGUUACAUCGUUUUUGAUGAAGGCCUGAUCCUGA